AUGCGGGUCACCCCUCUGUUUAGCCGGCGCCUGGACCAGGAGAAGUCGCCACCAUGUCUCCAGCACCCGACCCAGGAGAAGAAGCAGUUGCGCCCCAGACUUCCUCUGCCGAAGACCCAGGCUUCUAGCCUACAAAGGGCUGCUUUACCUGAGGCCCUCUGUCCUGGCCCAAGAAGGGUUGCCUCACCUGCAUGUGACCCCACUGCAGCAGUGCGGCGCUGCUCACCUCCAGGCAUCCCGGCUGCACCUUGCUCACCUCCAGUGUCCCAGCUGCACCUUGCUCACCUCCAGGUGUCCCGGCUGCACCUUGCUCACCUCCAGUGUCCCAGCUGCACCUUGCUCACCUCCAGGUGUCCCGGCUGCACCUUGUUCACCUCCAGGCGUCCCGGCUGCACCUUGCUCACCUCCAGGCAUCUAAACUCUUAUGACGCCGUCCUGCAGAACUCAGCAUCACUGGACUUCAGCCGUUACGCCAAGGUUCUGAUGGAGAGGAUUUUCCUCUUGCGUCUGCCCCAGUACGAUCCCGUUACUGAGAGGGCUGCUAUGAAUCAGCACUUCCAUGGAGAAAACCUGACACACUUAAAUGCCACCAUGCAUAGGAACCUCCAGACCCUUCUGACAUCAGACAUUCUUCUGAACCGGAUGGACUGGAAACAAGAUGGGCUGUUUCGCUUCUGCUACAGCCUGCUAUUCAGGGCAGGGUACCUUACACUCUUUGGUUCAGGACAGUACAGCUCGGACACUGUCUACGAUGAGUUCAGGAGAUUUGAUGGACUCCUGACGAAAAUGGCCCGGACCACUCUUAAGCCAGGUACUGAGUGGAGGAAUGCAGGAAGCAAAACAAUAUUAUUGCUAACCAGCUAA